AUGGAGUCGUUGUGGAACUCCUCCCAGUCUCCUCCACAGACCAACAUUUCGGCUUCCGUUCUGGCAGAAGGCUGGGAUGUGUCCCAGUCUCUUGCUCUGGUAGCCAUGCUGCUGAUGGAUCUGGUGGCAGUGGUGGGGAACAUUGCUGUCAUGGCAGUGAUUGCCAAAGCCCCACAGCUCCAUAAGUUUGCCUUUGUCUUUCACCUGUGCUUGGUGGACCUUCUAGCAGCACUGGUGCUCAUGCCUCUGGGCAUGCUGUCGAGUCGGCCCUUUUUUGGAGAGGCUCUUUGCCGGAGCUACCUCUUUCUCAGUGUGUGCCUGGUCAGCGCUGCCAUUCUGUCCAUCUCCGUCAUCAACGUGGAGCGUUACUACUACAUAAUACACCCCAUGCGCUAUGAGGUGAAGAUGACAAUGGGUCUAGUGGCCUCUGUGCUGGUGGGCAUCUGGGUAAAGGCCCUAGUCAUGUCUGCGCUGCCGCUCAUUGCCUGGUUCAUCCAAGGAGGGAAAGCUCCUCUGCUAGAGAGUUCCAGUGUGGGAGCAGGAGCUGGUGGUCCUGUCCCUUCAGCCUCGUCUCAAGGCCACAGGCGAUGCUCGCUGCACUGGUCAGGAGGGGGACCAAACCGCUUGGCCUUCAUGGUUCUAUUUACACUUGUUUACUUCCUGUGUCCAAUUCUUGUCAUUCUUGUUGUUUACUGCAAUAUGUUCAAAGUGGCACGGGUUGCGGCGAUGCAUCAUGGGCCUUUGCCUACCUGGAUGGACACGCCUCGUCGUCAGCGUUCAGAGUCCAUGAGCAGUCGUUCCACUAUGGUCACUAGCUCUGGCACAGGGACAGGCAGGGCCACUCCUCAGCGACCUUUUGGAGGGGGGAAGGCAGCAGCAGUCCUGGCUGCUGUAGGGGGUCAGUUUCUAUGCUGUUGGCUGCCAUAUUUUUCCUUCCACCUGUACUCUGCUCUUGCCUCCAGCCCCCCAGCUGCCCUUGCCUCACUGGAGGAGACUGUCACCUGGAUCGGCUACUUCUGUUUUACAUCAAACCCCUUCUUCUACGGAUGCCUCAACAGGCAGAUCAGGGAGGAGCUGGGGAAGCACAUGCCCUGUCUGUUUCGCCGCAGUGGGAUAGAGGUGGAGGAGAGGCUUCCCAGUCGGGAUGGAUCCAUAGAAGAGAACUUCCUCCAGUUUCUUCAGGGCACUGGCUGUAACUUGGACCCUCAGAACUCCCACAGCACCUCGAGCCCCAAAGGAGAUAUCCGCUGUGCUGAGGCUCAAGCCCCUCCCUCUGAGCCUCCGCAGCCAAUCCCUGUUGAUUUUCGUAUUCCUGGGCAAAUUGCGGAGGAGCCAUCUGAGUUUACUGAGAGUGGACAAAUGUCUCUGUUGGAGCAACAUGACAAUACGCUCAAGGCCCUCAUGGAACACAUGAAGGAGUUUUCUAUCAGCCUGGCAAGCCUGAGGACUCAAGUAAUCAACACAACGGCCACUGAUAAUAUUUCUGCUCCUUCUGCUGCCCCAUCGCUAGUCCUGCCUCCUCCUACCAGAGAUGUUUUUGUUCCUCCACCGGCACCGUACCACGGCGACCUGGGGUCAUACCUCCGUUCCGCACCGCCUGACCCCAGCCCAGCACCGCCUGACCCCAGCUCUGCACCCAGCCCUGCCCCGCCUGGUCCCAGCCCCAUUCCCGGCUCUCCUGUGUUUUGA